CAAUGAAUCAAUCAAAGAGUCAAUGAAUCAAUUAAAGAGUCAAAUGUCGAAUAUUCCAUUGCAUUACAAGUCUUUUUUUAGCAUUCUCUUAAUUUUUUAGAAAUGCAAACAAUUCUAUCUGUGUAUCUGUGAAGUAUAGCAGUAAAUGUAAAGCAUCACAUUUCUUUCUUUGCUGUUCUUUUUAACUAUCCCUCCCUCCCUCCCUCCAUGUCUCCAUCCCUCCAUCCCUGGUAUCUGCACUGUACUUUAAAUGGAGGUUCUUUGAGAAAUGUGUGUGUUUCCUCAGCUGUGUUUCUGCCUGUAGCUCCGUCUGCACCUGAGACCUGAGACGUGAAGUUUUACCCUACGUUUUUAUCUAGAAGGUCCAGUGUGAACAGCAGUCCUGUGCACUGUCAGGACAGUGUCCUUUGUGCUGUGUUCUGUGUACGCCGUGGUCAUCUUCCUCGGCCGGUUCCUGAUGAGAGACAGACAGAAGCUGGACCUGAGGGUUCCUCUGGUGCUCUGGUCCCUCAGCCUUUCUGUGUUCAGUACAAUAGGCUCAGUGCGUACAGGCUCCUACAUGCUGCACCUCCUAAGUUCUGGAGGAUUCAGAGUGACGGUGUGUGACACCACCUUCUACAGCGCCCCCAUCAGCAAGUUCUGGGCCUACGCCUUCGUCCUCAGCAAGGUGCCCGAGUUCGGAGACACAGUGUUCAUCGUCCUGCGUAAGCAGCGUCUGAUCUUCCUGCACUGGUAUCACCACAUCACGGUGCUGCUGUACUCGUUUUACACCUAUCGAGAGCAAGCCGCAGGAGGCUGCUGGUUCAUCACCAUGAACUACACCGUGCACGCGCUCAUGUAUGGCUACUACGCCGCCAAAGCGGCCGGCCUUCGUCUUCCUCGGCCCUGCGCCAUGAUCAUCACCACCCUCCAGACUCUACAGAUGGCUCUGGGCCUGAUGGUGCUGGCGCUGGUGUACGUCUGGCAGAACGACACCUUGUGCAGAUCCAGCGACAGCAACAUCACCUGGGGCUCGAUCAUGUACCUCAGCUACCUGCUGCUCUUCUCUUCCUUCUUCUACAAGUCCUACGUGAAGGGAGGGGCGAAGGACACGGCCGGGGAGAGGCGAGUUAAAGCCGAAUAGUGUGCGAUGGCCACAUUGGGUGCUGUCUUAUCUAUCUUCUAUCUCUCUGUGAAUCGUUGGGUCUCUGGUGUGAAUGGAUCAGGUAACAGGUUAACGCUGUAUGAUUAGCAUCACAGACAAAUGUGGUGUUUUGUUGUCGCUGCAACUAAAAUCGUUCCAAAGACAGAGGUCUAGAUGACGCUCGCUGAAAAAUCCACCAAUAGGAGAACGGCACAGGAUGAUGCACUACAAACUCACACUACAUCUACAUGGUAAUACAUCAUCAUCAUCAUCAUCAUCAUCAUACACUAAACACUGCCCCCUGGUGGUCUAAAUCAACACUGUGUCUAAUCUAAUGCCACAACACGCGUCUCACAGUCAUCACAUUCGGUUAUAAAGCUGUAAUAUGGUAUAGCACCUGGUGCACUGUCUAACCAGAUUCCUGUGAAUCUAAUCUCUUUACAUUUUAAACAGAACCUGGAAUCUGAUCUUGUAUCAGACUCUCUCUCUCUCUCUGAGGUUCUGAGGCACUCCAUACCAUGGUCUUUAUUUAAAGUCUUUUUCUGUAUCAUGAUCACAUUACAGAGCGACUGUUAGACUCUAGAGCUAGAUUUCUAGACUCUUAUCAACUGCUUUCAUUUAUGUAUUCCUCUAUAAAUCUGUUAAUCUAUCUGUAUAUCCAUCCAUCCAUCCUUACAUCCAUCCAUCUUCUCAUCUAUAUAUCAGUCCAUUUAUCUGCCUAUCCUUCAUACAUGAAUCCAACAGUAUACCCACCUAUCUGUCCAUCCAUAUGACAGCAUGCCCAUCCAUCCAUCUGUCCAUCCAUCCAUCUGUCCAUCCAUUUGCUAAUCCAUCCAUCCAUGCAUGAAGCCAACAGUAUAUCCACCUAUCUGUCCAUCCAGAAGACAGAAUACCCAUCCAUCCAUGAAUCCAUCCAUCCAUGUAUCCAACAUUAUACCCACCUAUUUGUCCAUCCAUAUGACAGCAUACCCAUCCAUCCAUUUAUCCAUUCAUUACAGUAUACCUGCCUAUCUGUCCAUCUGUAAGACAGCAUGCCCAUCCAUCCAUGAAUCCAUCAUUCACUCUGUACAACUGUGCUCCGUUCAUUUGCCCAUGCAUCCAUCCAUAAAUCCAACAGUAUACCUGUAUCUGUCCAUCUGUAAGACAGCAUACCCAUCCAUCCAUCUAGAAAUCCAUCCAUCCAUCUGUCUAUCCAUGAAUCCAACAGUAUGCUAUGUCUAUCUGUCCAUCCAUACAACAGCAUACCCAUCCAUCCAUCUAUCAAUCCAUCCAUCCAUCCAUCUGUUUAUCCAUGAAUUCAACAGUAUACCUGUCUAUCUGUCCAUCCAUACAACAGCAUACCCAUCCAUCCAUCUAUUAAUCAAUCCAUCCAUCCAUCCAUCCAUCCAUCUGUCUAUCUAUGAAUUCAACAGUAUAUCUGUCUAUCCACACUACAGCAUACCCAUCCAUCUAUCCAUCCAUCCAUGAAUCCAACAGUAUACUCAUCCAUCUGUCUAUCCAUCCAUCAGUGUAUAUAAGGGAAUGAUUUAUAAUCACACUGUCUAGUGUCACCCAGAUGUGGACGAGGUUCCCUUCUGACCCUGGUUCCUCUCAAGGUUCUUUCCUUGUAUUGUCUCAGGGAGUUUUUCCUCACUACGGUCUCCUCUGGCUUGCUCAUUAGGGAUAAAUUAUCAGGUUUACCUCACAGCUCUGGAGAUGGGGGUUUGAUUCCUGUCUCCACAGUGUGUAUAGUGGAGUUUGUAUGUUCUCCCUGUACUUCAGAUUCCUUCUCAAGUCCAAAGACAUGUUUAAAAGUUAGAUGCUGACUGGCAUCUCGAAACAUUCCGCACUGUAGUGUAGUGUGUGUGUGUGUGUGUGUGUGUGUGUCAUUGUGUAUGUCCAGGUUCUCUGUGUAGGAUAAACACUAAAAAAUGAAUGGAUGAAUCAUUUAAACAUUUUAUUUUUACAUCUCGGAGAAACUACCUGUAAACUACUGUACUGCUUUUUAAAUUCUUCUUUUUUAAUUCUUCUCAUGUUGAAAAUGUUUUCUAACAACUGUCUAAAAGAGAUUAAAGUUUUUAAUCUGAAAA